GGCGAUCUGAACCCGGCGCGGGGCUUGCUCGCGCGCGUUUGGGAGCGGUGGGCGGCAUGGCCCGAGCUGGCGGCGGUGCGCCCGGCGAUGCGGGCCGGGAAGGCUCUGCUGCUGCCGGUCCGUUCAGCUUCAGCCCGGAGCCCACGCUGGAGGACAUCCGGCGCCUCCAUGCAGAGUUUGCUGCUGAACGGGACUGGGAGCAGUUCCACCAGCCUCGGAACCUGCUCCUAGCCUUGGUGGGAGAAGUCGGCGAGCUGGCAGAACUCUUUCAGUGGAAGUCUGAUGCAGAGCCUGGUCCUCAAGCAUGGCCACCAAAGGAACGAGCAGCCCUUCAGGAGGAGCUCAGCGACGUCCUCAUCUACCUCGUUGCCCUGGCAGCCCGCUGUCGUGUGGAUUUGCCUCAAGCAGUGAUCUCCAAAAUGGACACCAACCGCCGACGGUACCCAGUCCAUCUGUCCCGAGGCUCUGCCUGCAAGUACACAGACUUGCCUCGUGGGACCAUCCCUGAAAGCCAGGCUGUGGACUCUGCUGAUCCUGCCCCUGAGUUGAGAAACCAGGCCUCCACCUAGAAACACAGUGUCUCAGCAGCAGAGAUGGACUUGUUCUAAUCUGCUCUUAUUAAACGACGUGUCUGAGGCCCAACAGGUUUUUUCUCUCAAUAAAAUGACUUAAGGCAACAACUCCUAGAUGUCUCUAAAGUAGCUAGAGAGGAUAUCUCAAGUCCUGCCGAGAAGAAGGCUCUUCCUGGUGCAACUAGUAGCUGAUCUUCUGCCUUUUCAACUUGAAGCGUACAAAAGCAGAGAACAGGAAGUAAAGAUGGGCCACAAAUCUCUGAUGAGUGCAGAAUACAGCUUCCGUUCCUCUUGGUCCCUUGGUACAAGUAAAGGUCACCUACCUCUCA